UUUUGCAUGCUUUUGUGCAAAUGCAGACUCUGAGCAUGGCUUGCAUGUUGGGUUUCAUCUCUAGUUUCUACAACACCAAGUCUGUAGUGCUGUGCAUUGGCAUCACUGCCAUAGUGUGUCUGUGUGUCACCAUCUUCAGCUUUCAGAGCAAGAUUGACAUCACCUCUUUCCAAGGUCUUCUCUUCAUUCUGUGUAUGGUCAUGUUUUUCUGUGCUAUUGUCAUGGGAUUUGUGGUUCCCUUUGGCUAUGUAAGUAUCCAAAAAUAUAAGUAA